AAGGGGAGUGAGUUCAUUAACAUUCAUCAGCAGUCGCCUUGUUUUUGGUUGCUCCUGGUGGUGAAAACAUUAUUUUGUUCCUCUCGGGCUGGUGUAGGUGCGGUUGCAUAAUGCGCUUUCGUGCAACAGUUGAAAAUGUUCCAAUUUUCUUUCGUAUUAUACAAGCUGUAGAGAAACUCCAAAAGAAAUGCAUCAUAAAGUUCACAGAGGCCGAAAUGCACAUCAUCUGCCACAACGAUUCUAAUGAAGGUGGCAUUCAAGUUUGGUCAGUGGUCAAGGCCGAGUCGAUUUUUACUUCGUAUAGAAUACAAUCCAAUGCAGACAAUCAAAUUACGGUCACAAUCUCUACCGAGGCUCUGCUAUCAGCCCUUAGAUCCUCUUCUUCAUCUGCUGCAUCUUCCAUCGUAGCAGCUGCUAUCCUACCCACUUACGACGCCGAUGAGGUUGUGAUGAAAUUGGCAAAGAAGAAUGACCAGGCUGUUCUAAGUUUCGAAAUGUUUGGGACUUCUAGAACAGGGAGGAAAGUGCGAGUGGCACACGACGUUCGAAUCGAGGUCAUGCGACCUGUUGAAGUUGAAAAACUUCGGGAGCCCCUGUGCCCUGAGCCAGACGUUCACAUUCUGCUUCCCCCUCUCCAGAAAAUUCGUACCAUCGUCGAGAGGCUGCGUCCCCUUUCUGACAUUCUAGCUAUCCGUGCUAAUAGUAACGGCAAAUUACAAAUUUCGAUUAGCACCGAUGAUGUAACGCUUGAAACGCAAUGGGUAGGUUGCGCGAAUCCACCCAUGAAUCGAGAAGGGCCAACGCAAGAUAAGAGCGACGAUGAUCAAGACCGAGAUCCUGAAAAAAUGUACACUGUUCUGGUGUCUAUCCGCAGUUUUCUCAAAUUCCUAAACAGUCAUGUUGUAUCUACCACUACUAUUGCAUGUCUAUGUCACAGUCACUGUAUUAUUUUGUAUGUGUACAUCGGGGAAGUGGCGGACGCUGGUGGAGUUCUGACAUUCUACAUUCCGAGUGUGCUCGAUGGUGACGGCUGAAGUAGCUAUUGAUAGGAGAUAACUUAUCUCGUUUGCGCUGUCUUUGAAAGCUCUUGUAAACAUAGAUUAGCCACCUGUGAUUCUGGCCGCAUACAUCGAAUUACGUACACACUCACAUUCGUCUUUAUUGCCUUCAUGUCCUUGUACUACCGCAGAAAGAAGCCUGAAAUGUCUGUCGAUUCCUUCCAAUAUUCCAGUCACUGUCUGACUCAGAGUUAUUCUCUUGGGUAAAGUACCACUGGGUCUUUAGUACCACAGCCAGGGUCAAAGCUGAACACGACAAAUCUUUCAGCUCGGCAGGUUGACAUAUCACAACGUAGAUUGUUGGGUGGCACACAGUCGGGAUAUAUCCAUAAAAUUCCAGAUGAUGUUCUGGUCAUGAUAUUUCAUCAGGUCCUCGUCGAUGCCCCCAAUAGGAGGAGGCGCUAUAAAUUGUUAGAUUUCUCGCAUGUAUGCGCUCGUUGGAAAGCCCUUACUAUUGGAACUCCAUCGCUAUGGGCCAUGGACAUCUGCGUAUACCAGAGGCAGUCCAUGAAUCUACUGGACUUGUAUAUCAAACGCUCAUGGCAAUGUCCUCUCAGUAUUCGGUUCCUCAGUGCAGGCUUCGAUCGCUCUCUACCCGAGUAUGAGCGUAUCGAAGUUUUUAUGGAUAG